AUGGUAGGUCAACGAGGGAAAAUGCAUUGUGCGACUUGCAAGGUCAGUAGUCAUGUUGUUCCCUUGAAUCCAUAAAUAGCUGCUAGCCUUCUUUUGGCUUCAGUUGGUGGAUGCAUCAGCGUGAGUAUAUCGCAUCUUGAGCGGAAAGCUGCUAGCAGCUUUACGUUUCGUGGAGUUCAGCCCAUAUGUAAUUAGAAAAUGAGCGUGCAGAAGUUUGAAAUUAAAUUUGACAAUCCCGCUUGCAUUUAUUACGCCGGGCAACAAGUGACUGGAUGUGUUACUCUCAUCACAACGAAGGAGAAGAAAAUACGAGGAAUAUGCUUACGUAUCAAAGGAGAAGCAGAAGUGAAAUGGACGGAAAGUGUAGAAGUGGUUCGAGAUGGGAAAUCAGAAACAGAAUAUGAAGAUUACUGUGCAAAUGAAAUAUAUGCACAAAUGGAAGUUUGGCUGGUUGGAGCAUCACAUGGAGAUAUGGUGUUGCCUUCUGGAGAGCAUGUUUAUCCUUUUUCGUACAUUCUCCCUUAUAACAUUCCAUCGUCUUUUGAGGGUUCUUAUGGCCAUGUGAGGUAUACUGUGAAAGUUAAAGUAGAUCGACCAUGGAAGUUCGAUUAUGACUGUAAAGUUGCAUUCACUGUUUUAGCUCCUUUAGACUUGAACUUGGAGCCAAAUAUGCAGGAACCAGUUCAAAAUACUAAAGAAAAGUAUUUAUGCUGUUGUUGUUGUCGCUCUGGUCCUAUUACUCUAGUGGCUAAUGUUCUUAGAGGAUUUGUACCUGGGCAAAAAAUAGCAGCUGUAGUAGAGUGUGACAAUGUAACCUCUGAAGAAGUGUCUGUUAAAUGUUAUUUAGAGAAGAUUGUAACAUUUAGAGCUUCUUGUGGGUAUAAUACUGAUACAAAAGAGGAUGAGAGUACGGUUGUGAUGGAAAGAUUGGGUACAGUUGGAGGUCAUGAUUCUAAAACUUGGACCACGAAUCUCACUGUUAAAGGUUCCUUCAGUGGCCUUCACAAUGCUAUGAAGUUAAAUACAGAAGUGAUAAUUGGUACAAUACCUCUCAAAAAUUAUUUUCCAUCAAUUGUUCCAUUACCUCCCGUUUUCCCCUGCAUUCCUGCUUUACCUCAAGUUGGGUAUCCUCCAUCGCCACCACUACCACCGUCAUUUAAUGAGGCCAUCAUAGCCUCCCCAUCUGCACCUCCUGUGGAACCAGGAACACCAUAUCCUGACUUGCCACCUCCAAAUUAUGAAGAGUGUAUGCUGAGCAAGGGAAAUAUUCGCAAUGAAGAAGACAGUGGUUUUACAUAUGGUACAACGGAUUUUGCUCCUCGGUAUCCAAUGUAUAAUUUUCGAUGAAUAGCUUUUGAAGGUUUUUUUGUGUAUUCAAUGUAGUAGCCUUUUGUUUACAAUGUUUUAAAUGUUCAAAGCUUCUUUCUGAGAAGAAAAGCAGAAAUAUUUUCCCUUUUUUUCAAUUGUUAGGAGGAAACCCAUACAGGCCUCGAAGACUCACAACAUUUUGCAAUGUACUGCAAUAGAGGUUUCCAAUAUUGUAUGCAAGUUAUUACGCUCUUGGAUGCGCAUUUUUAUGAGAUAAUUAUAUUUUUAACGGUUCUGAUUGCGAAUGUCAGUAUCCUCUCUUUCUUGCUUGCAAAGCGUGUUGUACUUCAUAUUUGUGGCUUUGCAGACUUCUCGUGCUUGUUUUCCGUGUGCGAAAAAGAUAAUUUUUUCACAGUGUGCGAAACAUCCCGAAGCGUGUGCGAAACAUAGCAUUGCGUGUGCGA